AUGCGAUGUAAAGCAGGAAAUAAACACAGUGCGCAAAAACAAAAACAGAGGAAGCACAUCUAUGCUGUAGAUUUAAUGGAAAUGAGAGCUUCGAAAAAUGAAAAUAAGGCAUAA